AUGUCAGAGCUUACCGUAGAGAGGUUACGCAAUCAUCCAAGUGUUCAGUUAAUGCAUCAGUUCGCAAUUAAUAUGACAUUAUGUCAGGCAAGCUAUGAUAUCACGCUAUCGAAACACCACAGUUGGAUUGUUAGGAAACUUGUCAGGAUAGCGACCCAUUUACUUGCUUCUCGAGAUUUUAUAUUGAAUGCGAUUAUAAUUGGGAAGGGUUCACAAUAUGAACAUGAAGUUAUGCAUGCAAUUACCAGAUUUAUUGGUGUUGCAGAACAAGUUUUCCAUCGUUUGCAACGAAUUUAUGAGGAUAAGAACAUUUUGAAUCUCUCCUGA